GCAUAGUCCAAUUGUGAACCCAAGAAAGUACCAAGGCCUGAAGCCCUCGACGAGGUCACACUUUACCUGCUGGAGAUCAGUGCCCGGUCUAUUAGCAGUGGGAGUGGAAAGAGCGCGCGGCGUAGACAGCCCGACAGCUUGUCAGUAAACGAUGCCGCACUCAACACAGCAAUGGGACCUCCCAGAAGUGUUCCAUAGUUCAUUAGUCAACUACGCUCAAGCAAUACGAACGAGGGAUGGGGAGGAAGGCACGGGCGCGGACCCGCAUAGCAUAAAGGAGGUGAAAAGCUAUCUAGCACAGCUCAGACCCGACUUUGUUCAGCUCUUCAAAGAGACUCCGAAGAGUUCUGGAGAAAGGGAAAAGCUUCUUCGAGGCGAGCUUACCUUGAACGGACGAAAGCGGCAAGCAAACCCUGAUUUCGUUCAGGCUGUUAUUUUCCUCUCCGAUCUUUUAGGCAUCAACGAAUUGCGCGCCGCGGAGCUUUUCCAAUUCGCCUGCGGAGUGAAGUCGAAGUACGAAUACGAAGACUGGUCAGCCGUACGUGUUGCCGUACACAUUUACCAUUCGAACAGGGAUUAUGCGCUGCAAACCCUGACUCUUAUGGUGACGGACUUCAAUGCCGUUUCGGGAGCUGAGGAUGUCGUGAAGGUCGUGGAUACGUUUCUGCGGGACAUGCUGCAAAUGAAUGUCGGACUACCGACGAAGAUCCUGCAGUCUAUGGACAUUUUGAGAGACGCGGCCAGUGCUUUCGGUCCCGAUGGAAAGCAAAAUGGAAUCACUUCGGAACAGGUGUCGAAAGUGGGAUGUGAAGAGUAUGUUUUUGCUCUGCAUGCGGAAAGGCUUGAGCAACAACGAUGUCAGUUGGGGACCCUUUUCUUCUAUCUCACCAAACGAUGGAAGCUUGCCGCGGAGGAGGUUCAGCUAGUCAUUCAAACGUUGCAGGAGGUGCAGGUGGUUGACAGCACGAGUGUGUCACUACUAUGCUCCCUCUUAGUUGCGUUCGACCACGCAUUUGUACCGUACGACGACUAUCGGCCAUUGCGCAUCGGGCACAGUUUUGAUAAUCUGCGGAAUCUGAUUCAGAGCUCUGCCUGGAAACUACCUGAAAUGCAAGGAGUGGUAUGGACCCGGUGGCUAGGGUUCUUGCAUCAGUCCGUCUCCAUAGAGUCCGAUGAUCCCGCCGUGGAUGUGGCGUUCCAGACUGCCGCGCGGGCCAGUCUUGACGCUGAGAGUAGGAAGUGGAAAGAAAAGGUCGGCAAACAACCCAGCGUGUACACAUUCAUAUGCGACAACGUCAUCCCGUUCUGCAAGUCGAGAAAGGAAAGCCUGCUCUCUGCACCGGGACCGUCCAUCGAUCGCCAUCUCCGUGAGGACUAUAUGGAACAAGUGGAGCGUCUCAUUGAUGCGUUAAUCAUUUAUGUCCGAUGGGCUUUGAAAGACAUAAAGUGUCACGAUGAAGAUGCUACCAAACAAGCCGAUCAGCUUGAGCGCCGAGCACCGCUCUCUCGUAGCUCUCGAAUGGGGAUGGAUAAUUCAACAUACGGCAGGCGACCAACAGCUUGGGAAUCUUUCCUGAUCCUGAUCACGAUCCUGUAUCGGGACAGGCCAGAUGCCGCAGUUUCGUUCUGGGAAGACCUCUCCUCGCCCGACGACGAGCACUCAGUGGAGCAUACCCAAACAUCGGAGAAGCAAGCAUUUGUUCGAAUGGCAUCCGACGUGAGGACCACUCGGUUCCUCAAAGCAUUCAUUCACAUGUUGGCUUCGCUGGCGACCGGGAAAUACUCAGCGCAUCAGGUUCAUCUCAAACUGAAUGCCGAGCCAGCCGACAGCCAACUCGGGAGCGUUUUGUGGACGACCUUCUUCUCGUCACUCAACAGUGCGAUCGAUAUCCUAGGGAGAGAAAACCGGGAUCUCAGGCAACAUGAGAUCGAUUCGAUCGUUAGCUUCCUACGAUUGCUUAGCCAAGUCGUAAAGUACUCGUAUAGCGCUCGUCGAACACUAUGCGACAAUCAACAUCUUCGCGCGAUACAUACCCUGUUCUGGCUCCUUGGAAGUCGGAUACCUGUAGAGCUGAAAGCUGCUUUGCUCGAUGCAAUCGCCGCGUUCUGCAUACCCCUGGGAAACUCCUACGAUAUCCAAUUGCAGGUUUGGGCGAUGCUGGAACAAACGCAAAUCGUACCUACGAUGCCGAAUGCACGACAUCCUGAGGAAAGAGGGGGACAACAGGGCGGGUACGGGCAGCCUGGAAACCAAAAUGAGGGCAUUCUAUACGAUCUGGAAGAGAUUGAAACCGCCAACAACACAUACCCUGAAACGCUGGCAUUCCUUCGGCUGUUGAAUAUCCUCGUGAAUGGUCAAAGGGACAUGCAAAUGGCUUCCGUUUUCGAAACUCUAGGGGCACCGAACCGAUUGCCUGGCAUCCGCCCCUAUGUCCGUUUCGUGGCCGAGCACGUCUUCGCGAAGUCUCUUGUACGAAGGUUCGAUGAUCCGGAGGAGCGGUGGGAAAUCAUAUUUAACUGUCUCAGCGUCUUCGACAAAUGUCUGGAGAUAUUCGAUCUUGGAAAUUUGACAUUGGAGAUUGAGCCGGAGUAUGACGAUCAGGGGUUUCCCUUGGACGAGAUGAUAAUGGAGACCGAAGGCUUCGGGAGAAAUAUCCUCCAAAAUGCACAACUCUUGGGAAUCCACCCUGGUUUCGAAAUCAUGUGCGCAAUCCUGAGCAGAACGAAGAUUACCGACAGAUUGUUUGACGUAAUUGGAAUCGGGGUUGAUUCUGUGAAUGAGUCUGCCAGCAGACCAUCGUUGUGUGGAAAAUCCGUGUCGCUCGCCUUACAGAUCAUCUUGCGCGUGCUACAGCGACAGAGAGCGUUCCUGGAAAUCCUGGCACCCGCGCUCUCGGAAGUCGGCGCAGCGGAAUGGAUUGGUCUCCCGAAAUCGAUGGCUGGCAUCGAUCAUAUCCUAUCGUUCCAAAAGGAGAUCGUGGUGAAGAUCGCGGAAUACAUUGGGUGCCUUGAUGACGAGGUCUGCCUGAUCAUCGUGAGAAUUCUCUCCGCGUUGUCUCAAUCUGCAGUUUACGCCACUGUUGAUCCUGUUGCGGGGACAAACCGCUUGUUGGUUCUGCUGCAAAGCUCGCCAUCUGCGGAGUCGAUCAUUGCUGGUUUCGUAAGUCGUCUCAACAAGUCCGAAGAUGAAGGCAGCUCGGCGUAUUCCGAUCUCAACGAUGGCGCAGAUCCGGUCGAGUUCCAAGCUCGGGUGGAAUACGAAAGACAACAGAGACUCGAAGCCCUUGUUGCUGAGAACGUGUACGCACAACCAUGGCCUCUGGAGCAAGCGGGCAUGGUGCAUGCCGUACGAUUAGCAAUCCUUGACUUGCUGUUGACCAACCUCUCGAGUGUCGGACCGCCGCCAACGAUCGCUCACUUCCUGCUCGGGUACGAGAAACGCAUCACCGGGCCGCGUCCCCUUCAGGGUGAUAGGACUGCUAUCCGAAGCCGUCGCAAUUGCCUGACAGCCAUAUUGGAUCUCAUCAAAGUUCCGGGGUCGAAACCUGGAUCUGAUGGGAUUGAGGCCGAUCCGUCCUUCCAGCCUAUGUUUGAGACGCAUCCACAUCUUGCGGAACGUUGUUACCACCUCAUUCAUCAGUUGUGCAUUGACAGUGUUAUGUCAUCGUCCACGAUGUUAUACCUUCGCAACGAAGAAGAUUUCUUCUACUCGCAGCUCAAAGCGAUGCCGACUGGAGAGCCGACGUUUGCGAGCGAUAGUGAAAGCGGCGAACUCAGUGCCCUUCUGGCGAAGCUACUCCAGCGAACAUGGCUCAUGCAAUCCGUUGCUCUCGAAUUGCAUGUUACCGUCGGAGCCCGACAGAGGAUGUACGCCCAGCGUCUCAUCGAAAUGCUCUACACUAAGCCCUCUGGAAUCUCAGGUCCCACUACAUCCCGUUCCCGACCUAUCGUGGAAGGCGAUGAAUGGUUGAACGCUUUCGACCAGCGCCAGCUUGGCGGUUCCUACCGGCAAAGCGGAACCGCAUCACGGUUCGAUGUCCCCUUGACGAAGAUGUUGGAGGUUCUGAACACGAUGAAUUUCGAUGAGCCGGUGCACCGGAACCCGGGCGACCUAUCCCUAGCUACUGCUUACUUCCCGAACCUCAACUUAGACGAUUUCCUGCAGAACUCCCUGUAUGACAUAGGCGCCUUACAUCAUUAUAUGAUGUCUGUUGCCGAAAGUCGUAGCGGGAUUGAGAAUACCUCCGAACGGGCAGAUUGCAUCAAACGCAUUCUCACCGCUGUCUUGACCAUGAAUCAAGACCAGGAGCUUGGAGCUGCUCGGUGGCACUGUGCGAACUCCUGGGGUCAAAUCGUACAAGUGACUCUAACCAGGUGUUUCACGCUCAUCCCCAGCACCGCCAGGGAAAAUACGCUCUUCGACCUCCUAUCGACCCUCAUCGGCAAAAUGACAUCAGCGCAAGUGUCUCCCCUUAUCGCCGAAACCAUGUCCGCUGUUGUCCUGGAGCUCUUGGACAAGAUGCACAGUGACCGGCUGUUCCAAUCGCUCAUUCACUCCUCAAACAUGAAAUUGGAAGCAUCCACCGUCCGGUUGCCAACGGAAACCCUGUUACAUGUUGUAUUGCAAGGCAUUAUACGCGGCAUCCUCAUGGCCGGGGCAUCUCUCGAGAUGCGAGGGAAUCUAUACGUGGCCCUCGUGAGGUUGUUGCAGUAUACUAAACCCAAUGACGAUGAAAUAUUGCACCUACCUCCUCCACGAGAUGAAGACGCCGAUGAGGCUUCGACGGAUGAUACCGAGAACGUAUCUCCCUUGCAACCGAGCCAGUCUCACCUACUCCAAAGUAUCUACGCUAUCAUCAGCACCACCGGCGGCGAUAAACUCUUCGAAAUGAUUUGCCGAGACGCAGCGGACGGAAGCGGUGUAUGGAACAUCAUCGCUUUCGUAGCGCUAGACUCCAUCUGCGAGCUUGCGUCGUGUAGUCCAUCCAGCCUGGGCGAAAGCAGCAAGAUGAGCGGUUGGGUACUGGAUGUACUUGUCAAAAUCAACUUCCUCGGAACAUUCGUUCGCACCAUCACGCAGCACGACGAUUAUGAACUCCGCGGCAUUUUCGUUCAUGCAAAAGGCCAUGGCGCCAACGGCGGGACGCAGCUGUUGGAAGGUCAAUUGGGGACUGAUGAGGAUGGGUCACUCAACACGCAUCUGUUGUUCGAGAUGAAGAUGGCGUUCCUAUUGCGCUUGUCGUUCCAGAUUGAUGGUGCGCGCAAAUUACUGGAGUAUGGUGUCAUCGAAGCGCUGGCGGAGUGCAAGUAUCUGGAUCAGCGACCGGAGUCCGAUACCUCGUUUACAGGCUACGACCAGCUUUCCGUCUCGGCGAAUGAACAGUAUCACAACGUGCUGGUUCCGGCUUUACAACUCAUCCUGUCUGUCGCUAAGCAAACACAAGGCGAAUAUAACGCAUCAGCAAGUGUCGCCUCGUUCGUCACAGCCCAUCGCCAUCUCCUCGUAACCAUCCUGCAAGAUUCUACGCGGACCGUGACCCUAAGCAGCCUGACGCAAUUGCAGCUCGUUACGGGCUUGCUCUCUUAUCUUGCGGACUGGAAGGGCGUGACGGAACAUAAGCUAGCGGAGGCAGGACACUACACGUUCCACGAACUGUUACUCAAUCUCCUGGACAAAUUCAUUUCAAACACACGCUCACUGGUCGAAAAGAUCCGACCAACCAACAGAGUCGAAGAAGAGAAGGAUAUGACUGCAUUAGCCUAUCUGGGCAGGCCCUCUGGUCAGACACAAUUCCGACAGGAAGCUGAACAGCUGAUUCUCAGCGUGUGUCGUGACCUUGUUUCGUAUUGCGUUACCGUCGGAACUAAGGUCGGCGGAGCGGGUCCACAUGGAUAUGUGCCACUAUUCAGGCCCAGCUUUGGAGACGAUAACCAAGGAACGCAGAAGAAGGCUCAAAGGCAGGCGGCACCGACGCUCGGCGCCCUCUGCAACUUCACCUCCUCCAUCGUUGACCAACUCGCACAGGCCGCCGACGACCACAAGAAUCUUGACCUCAAAGUGUCCGAUGUCGACCGUCUUACAGCCGACGAGAUCUUGUUGAUUGCCCAACCCUACCUCCACGAUGAGGAGGAGGAGCGAGACCUGCCGGCUGCUCAGAAACGGCAGCUGGCGUUGUUUGGAUUGCUGAAGAGUCGCGCGGAGGGUUUGAAGGCUAUGCGGAGGUUAUUAUACCUGACAGAACACCUCCUCCUCCUGAUCUGGCGCCACCUCGUUAUCAUGGCCUCCGCCGACGACAUGACCCCGUCUUCUGCUCUCGGGGGCGCAGGCACCUCCCGACAGCAACCGCAGCCCCUGUUGGCGGCGAUGUACACGCUGAGCGAUGAGAAGAAACAAAAUCUGGCAAAGACGGUUGGGAAUAUCACGGGGAGAUUGCAGGCUGUUACACAUAGCGAAGCCUUCAAUCAAGACGCCGGGUACUCCUCCACACGCAAACCGUUCUUGGAAAUGCUGAUACGGCAGUUAGCCGAAGUCUCGCAGGCUAUUUGAUAGUCUAAUCCUUACUUAAACAUAGCUACACAGAAGAAACUGGAUAGCGCCCUUUUACAUAAAUAUCUAUACACAUGGCGUUUCGGAUAAGGGAGGCAUAUAUACCACCAAGAGGUUUCUGCAGAGGAGCGUCCUACUUCUUGAGGCUAACUCAUCAUCAAAAGCUACGCCACAGUCACACCUAAAGCUACGCAGCCGUCCAAGGUGCCCAACCCACAAUUCCCACUUUAUACCGACCCCUCAGCCCUCUCCCCAAAUCCCUUAACAUCAACCCCUCCCUUUACAUCAACCCCCUCCAACCUAACCACCAAAUUUUUCGCAAACCUCUUCCUCAACCUCUCCGCCUCUUUCUUUCCCGUCCUUACACCCGUAAU